AUGGAUGCACGUCUUACUACCCGUCUUACUGCCCGUGUCCUACUCAUUUCCGACAUAACGGAUGAUUUCAGGCGUCACUUUAACCUUGCGUCAGGCUCUGGAGUCAAUGACAGAUUAGAGGUCGGGACUGGCGGAUUGUGUUCGAAGACGCGGCCUAUUGAACCCACAUGCAACCUUUGGUUGUUGACUUUUCGAGGCUUCACUUGGUAUGUUUUCAUUUCCGGUUGUUGCGAAUUCUAUGUCAUCUAUAUUCCUUCUGUUUUUGCGCCUAUAUUCCUUCUCUCUUUGCGUCUUCACACCCUUCUCCCGCAUCGUCGCUCCCUUCUUCUGCAUUGUCGUGCACCCUAUUCUUGUCACGUUUUCCCUCUUGGUGUCCAUAUCCACGAACCCCUCUCCAGAGCCUUCCCCUCCUCUACUGCUAUGCUUCUCUUAUAUCAACCAUCAAUGAUACCGUUGAUGAGACCUUGGGCAAGUGACUACUCGUCGAAGAUGUCUGUGCUCCCGUUAUACCUCGUUGAACCCACGUCAGUUAUCUGUCCGACCCCUCCCCUCCUCAACGAUGACUCCGAGACUACCCAAGGGAGGAGAAACUGCACACCAAGCUGUUGCCGUCAUCAUCACACCCAACGCAGGCCGUAUCUGCAAGUUCGAGAAAUUCAGUCUCGAGUCCUCUCAACCAUCGUUGCUGUGGGAUUGACACGUUUGGCUUGUGAUCAGGUUGCGUUCGUCAGCUUUCUCGGGCCCUACCAUCACGGGUUAAAGGGCCACUGGAAACUUGGGAUGAGGACGUGUUUCCGUUCUACCGAACACCCCCGGAUUCACAAUCCAUGGGGGGUCACGUUGGAACACCUGGGCUACAAGGUUCAAGCCCGUUAUUGUGCUGCAACGACGAUGCCAGACUCAAGCGAGCCACUUUCCCAAGUCAGACUUCUUGCAGCUCUCCGUGGCGCCAUAUCGCCCAACAGGGUUCAUCCCCCUGGUUCGGGCACCACGCCUCUGCAUCCGGUGGCACCACUCGGCAGAGUCGAUGCCGUGAAUCUGGUAUUAGAACAAGAGAAUAUCGACGACAGCUUGAGGGACGGGCAAGGAAAAACAUGCCGUGAGGUUGCGAGAGGGAAGGAGGUCGUGCGAGCUAAUGAUGAUUCACGGUCUUUUCUCAAUGCUUCCUACUGCUCUCUGCUGCGAAGCCACGUUCUAUCACCCCUAUCAGAAGCACCCUUGCCCUCACUCCUCCAGCUGCUCGCCGCACGCCGCAAGGACCUCCGCUUGAUCGAGCUGGCAGUGCCUGCUGGGGCCGACGUGAUUAUCGGGAAUCGCAAGGGAAAGAUGACGCAUGAGCCGGCUGGAAAGGACGACCGCGUCCGCGUGUUCUUGCAUUAA